CGGUAGAAGAAGAGCUGGUCCAUCUGCUAUGAGCUAGCUGGUGUUUUUAGCAUCAUGACAUCCUGACGAGGAGGUUGACGGUCUGAUCUGGGCUCGGUACGAGUGGCACCUGUUCCAGAACCAACUGUAACAGAUCCAUAAACCGGUCCUGAGUCAGUGUGUGUUCGUCAGAGGUUAGUUUUACCCGCAGCUGCUCCGGACAUGGAUCCAACUCCUAUGCUAAUGCUAACAGUCAGAUGCUAAUGCGGAAAAAACAGAAGGACUGAGUGAAGGUGAGGAGGAUGCUGUGUUCGUGGUCCUGGUCUGAGUGAGGUGGACUCUGAAGGCAGACCUGGAACCGUGAGGACGCCGUCAUCGUUGGACUUAGUUGUGUGGUGGAAAAGGCCUUCAUCAUGACCAGGACGGUGCAGAUGGAUCUGCUGAAGGCGCUGGUCACAGAGUGUUUGUCAGCAGCCGCCGAGGAAAUUAUCAGGAUUGUCCAGAGGACGAUAGAGGAUCAUGAGGAGGAUGAGUUCUGUCCACAGUGGACGGAGGACAGACGCCUCAGACAGAUGGACGUCGAUGUGAAAACGCCGUCUGAUGAACAGACGGACGACGCUACCUCAGAGUCUAAACCACACCGCAUCGAACUGGACUCCGAUACCGAAAACUCUGACGUGGCCCAGGACCUCGAUGAACCUCUGAACGUCCUCAAACCGUUCUCGUGUCCCAUUUGUCGCAGUGGGUUUUCGUCCAAAAAGGCGAUGGCACGACACGUGAAGAAGCAUCCGGAGGGCGUGGCUUCGUCUUACCAGUGUCAGCUCUGCGACCAGCGUUUCUGCGACAGGUCGGAGUUCAUCGUCCACGCCAGGAUCCACGAGGAAAUCGAACCGCGACAGAGUGAAGACGGUGGACAAAGCUUCAACCAGAGGAACGGUUCGGGUUUGGAACUCGCAGUAGAGGAAACGGAAAAGGAAGACGAUGGCGAAGGUGGUCAGUCUGAGAUAAAAAUCCUUCCACUUCCAGUUCCGUCGUAUAAUCAGACGGACUUUGAGCAGGAGUCUCUUCAGCCGCUGUGUCUGUUCCACAUCCAGAGAGUCUCCAACGGCGAUAAAGACGCUCAGACUCUCCUCGAUGUGGACCAGAUAAAAACUGAACCGCCUGAACCGGAACCCGCCUUCGAACGUCAGCAGAACUCGGGUCCCUUCGCGGCCGAGGACGCCGGAGCCGAAGCGAACGUCCUGAUGGGAAAAUCCACCGAGCUCAUCCUUCAGGUGGAGGUGGGCACGUCACAGAAACCCUACAAAUGCCCCUACUGCUCCAAGUGUUUCUCCCUGACCAAGACUCUAAUACGACACAUGAAGAUCCACUCCGAGGACAAGUUCUACCGGUGCCGGCUUUGCGGACGGAGGUUCUGUCAGAAGUCGGACCUGGUCAAUCACACCAGGGUUCACACCGGGGAGAAACCCUACCGUUGUCAGGAGUGUCACAAGGCCUUCGCACAGAAGGGAAACCUGGUGGUUCACAUGAGGACGCACACGGCCGAGAAACCCUACCCCUGACCCGGAUCACAAAACCAGAAAAAGACCAGAACUGGGAGUAAUCGGAGAAGUCUAAAAAUCAGAUCUGAUGCGUUUACGUAGACCACUUCAGGGACGUCACAGUCAUUUUAGUUCAGGUUCCACUAUCACAUUUGAUCUGAAGUCAAAUACCUUCAUAAUAACCUAAAAAUAAUGACAACUACACAUUU